AUGAUUCAUAUUGUCAGUCAAUUGGAGGACGAAGAUGCUGUUGACGAUCUUGGUCACGUGGUUCAAGCGGUCGCAACUGACACUGCACUGAUUUUCACUUCCCUCUUGGCUUUACAGGACAUCCAACCCAACAUGGGUCCGACGCAUGUCUGGCCUGGUACCAACACAGUGGAACACCACGCAACGCUUUGGGGUUCGCACAUCACUGGUAAACUGUCAGUUGAAGGUGCUGACGAGGCCUUUGGCGUAGCGCAUCGGAAGAUGACUCUGAGACAAGGAGAUUUGGUCCUCUACGACUCUCGGACGAUGCACUGUGGAGGUGCAAACAUGUCAGAUCAGCGUAGAUCUGUGUUCUGCGUAUCCACCAUGGGGCCCGGGAUUCGACCCGAUGGUACAACGUGGACUAUGCUGGGCUCCCUUCGAGGGAGGUUGAGACUCUCAGACUUCCCCCUGUCCAAGGAUGCAGUCGCGGCUCCGACCGCUUCCUCUGUUGCGGACGCAGGCAAUGCGUUGCCGCUGCCCUCAGCUGAUGUGAAAACAAAGCUGAGCAAAGAAGCAGGCAUUCAAGAAGCCGAGCAGCGGGGGGUGCCACCGUUGGAAGAGUGGCAGGCUGCGGUGCAGUGCAGCUUUUGUGGAAAAUGGAGGCCAUGCGGUGCAGAUGAAGCCCCCAGGCUCAUGCAGGCAGACAAUGGUUUUGCCUGCAAAUUGGUUGGCUUCUCCUGCAACCAGGAGCAACGGUACAGCAACGAAGAGAUUGAUGCGAUCUUCUAG